GCAUGAAAAUAUCAACCUGAUUAAAGACAAUAUCCCUUUAUUGGCAAAAUUUAAAGUACAAUUACACUCACCAAAUCUCAACAUGUUUUCCCAGUUCUCUGAUCCCUUUCAACUACCAUCAACUUCCUUUUCUGCUGACAAGAACCAACCCUCUUCCCUUUCCGACGCCAGUAGUGCCGCCCCCAGCAGCUCUGCUCACUCCGACGAAGAAGUGCUGCUAGCAUCUAGUCAUCCCAAGAAGCGAGCAGGGCGCAGGAUUUUUAAGGAGACUCGCCAUCCCAUUUUCAGAGGUGUCAGGAAAAGGAAAAAUGAAAGGUGGGUUUGUGAGCUCCGGGAGCCUAAGAAGAAGUCCCGUAUAUGGCUUGGUACGUAUCCUACUCCUGAAAUGGCAGCCAGAGCUCAUGACUUAGCAGCAUUGGCUCUUAGAGGAAAAUCUGCUUGCCUUAACUUUGCUGAUUCUGCUUGGAAGUUGCCGGUGCCUGAUUCCAAGGAGGCUAAUGAUAUUAGGAGGGCAGCACACCAAGCAGCAGAGAUGUUUGGGCGUCAAGAAUUAGAUGGUGAAGUAAUGAUGCAAAAUUCACUACCAAAUUCUGGAGUGGAGGAUGCCAGUGAAAUUUCAAGUACUGAUCAGAAACAUGAAAGCCUCACGUACAUAGAUGAAGAAGCAAUAUUUGACAUGCCAAUGUUGAUUGAAGAUAUGGCAAAAGGGCUUCUACUUUCGCCUCCACAUUCCGCCGGAAAUGAUAGUAUCAACUGGGAUGACUUAGAACCUAUCGACACUGAAGUGUCCUUAUGGAGUUUUUCAAAUUGAUGUGCUAGUUGGCCACAAUGGGCUCUCUUUUUUUUUUUUUUUUUUUUUGUAAAUGCUAAAGAAUUAGCUAGCGAAGUAGCAUAUUAGGAAAUUUUUGCUCAUUGAAUAAUGGGUAUUAAUUAGAAACAAAUGAUUCUUAUUUUUAUUGUAUCAUUUAAUUGAAUUUGGAAUAUAAAUAGAAUUCUUUUGUCAUAA